CAUGAAAAAGGGUAAACUAGUCUCCUACGAUCUUGACGGACCCCAACUAAUGCCCGUACAGGUCGUCUUCUAACUACCCCAACCCGCCUACUGAAGCUCAUUCUACCAAUGCCCUUCCAUCCCGAACAAGAACACGUCAAUAGACCAGUAGAGGGCGACGUUGACGACGCAGGUGCAACAGUCGAGCCGCUGGCUCUUCUUAUCCACCCCCAUCAGCCACUUUCGUAUCUCGAGCGAUUGAUCCAAGCCGAAAUCCCUCCCGUUCAAUACAAGGGCCGCGAAAAGCUCCCCGACAUUGUUUUCCGGGCCGAAGCUGACCAAAAUGAACAAGACGGGAGGAAGGAUGACAACAAGAAGAAGGACAACGCCAAUGUCGCAUCUUAUUCUGGGCUCGGUCACGAAGGCCCUACUAACAAAGAGGCCAACUGGGUACGAUGGAGUGGCAGCACCGAGAUCGGAGACUUUAUCAGAGAUGCCGCUCGUGGUCGCGAAUUUGCAAUCAAUGUCGAAGGCUUUGAUAGGGAACUGCGAGUUGCCGUACCAAGUUUCAGAGACCGUACUUACUACAUGCGCAUGACUCUACGACGCAUGUCACGCGAUAUUGAAUCCAUGUCAAAGGUCAAGAACGAAUGCGACACGUUGGCUCACCAAGGAGCGCACCGUCUAGCGCAAGGUGGUUUUGCGGCCCUGGCCGGAUGGUGGGGAGUCGUUUACUACGUCACAUUCCACACUCAGGCGGGAUGGGACUUGGUAGAGCCCGUCACCUACCUGGCAGGCCUGACAACAGUCAUGGGCGCUUACCUCUGGUUCCUGUACAUCAGCCGCGAUCUUAGCUACAAGGCCGCAAUGAAGGUGACAGUAUCCAAGCGACAGGCAGCACUGUACCAAGAGCGUGGCUUUGACCAGAACAGAUGGGAUCAGAUUAUCCACGAGGCUAACAAUCUGCGAAAGGAGAUCAAGAUCAUCGCAAGCGAGUAUGAUGUUGAUUGGGAUGAGAAGAAGGAUCUGGGAGGCGAGGAAGUCAAGAAGGUCCUUGAGGAAGAGAAGCAAGGCCGCGACGGUACCAAGGUGACUGAGGGCAAGGACGAAGAUGAUGGUCCCGGAUCAUCUGACAAGAUCAAGAAGAAGCAGUAA